CACUUGACUUCUAUAAUUGAUACGUUGCACAGUUGCGCAGUUAGUAUAACAUGUUCCACUCGCCAACAAAGUACAUACAUCGAAAAAUUUCGCGCUAUUGAAGCGCGCCUGUGAUAAUAAUCUCUCUUGUUUGCAGGGAGAAUAAGUCCUCAACGACGAAUAGCGCUCGAAAUUCUUCGAAUUUUUGAAAUUUGGAGAUUACGUAGAAUUUUGAAUCUUUUGGAAUAUUGUAGAAUUUUGUAAUUUUAUUGUAAAUUUUUUGUAAUCUUUGAAACUUAUGGAAUAUUUUACAAUUUUUCAACUUUAUGGGAGUUUGGAAUUUGGGAGAGCUCGUUUAUCUAAAUAAGAAAAGCAAUUUUCCCCGUGUUUCUCUUAAAACCUAGCGGAACUUGAGGAACGUAAGAAGGAAGAAUCAUGGAACGAUGGGCCGGAAAAUCGGCGAUCGUUACUGGCGCAGCAUCCGGCAUCGGACGAGCAAUUACGAUAGCUCUUCUAGAGAAAGGAGUAAACGUACUCGCGCUGGAUGUACAAACUGAAAAAUUAUCAACUCUUACGAAUGAGUGGAAUGCAAAUUGGGGUAGGAUAUGCCUAAUGCGUUGCAAUAUAAGUGACGAAAAGGACCUGAAGUCCGCUUUCGACUACCUGGAGAACAACGUUGAAGAAUCCUGGAACGGCGGCGUUGAUAUCAUGGUGAAUAAUGCCGGGGUUAUCGAGUACACUCGCGUCAUUGAGAGCGACAGAGCGGCAUUCGAAAGGCUGUUAAAUAUUAAUGUCCUCGCAACCGCCGUGUGCAUCAAUCGGGCGGUACGCUCGAUGCGCCAGCGGAACGUCGAAGGGCAUAUUUUCAAUAUCAACAGCGUGCUGGGACACGAAAUUCCGAGUGGAUUCCUUUCGGAAAUCGAUGGCUGUAAUGGCUGGAACCUGUACCCGACUUGCAAACACGGCAAUGUUGCAUUAACGCAUACGGUGAGACGGGAAUUGGCGGCCAUUAAAGCACCGAUUCGAAUCACCAGCAUCAGUCCGGGUAUCGUUGAAACGGAUAUAGCCAGACACACGCCUACAAUAUCGAGAACAUUGAAAAAUAUUCCAGCUCUUCGACCCGAAGACAUCGCCGAUGCUGUGAUUUACGCGUUAGGUACUCGACCCGAGGUGCAAUGUCGUUGAUGUAAUUGUAGAUUACCGAACUCACUAUUCAACGCACUGGUGAAGCCUAAUGUUCCUAUCCGUUUGUAGCUCUAAUACACAGAGCACAGGUAUGUAAACGAACCUUAUAAUUAGGUCAAAUUCUCCUAUACACGAAAACUGAAAGAAAUAUGUAACAGGGGGUGUAGCUCGUCUACUUAAUUACGAUAUCAGGAGUAAUUUAUGUAUAUGGAUAGCAAUAAAAUUCAAUUUGCUAAA